CCUCGGCGUAGCCGAUACCCUUCGCCGCACCAACACUCUCCUUAUUCAUCAGAUUAGAUUCGUGUUGGUACAGAACGGGAAGCGACAUGAAUCUGUUGGACCGGCAGCUCAUGGGGAACUACGAUGUCUCGUGAGAAAUGAUUUGGUUAAGGCAUUGGCUGAUGCUCUUCCUCAAGGAACUAUCCGAUUUGGAUAUCAUAUUGUCUCGAUGAAGCUAGACGAGACAACGUCGUUUCCGAUUCUCGAGGCCAAGAACAAAAGGAGUAUCAAAGCAAAGGUCGUAAUUGGAUGCGACGGUUCGAACUCGGUGGUCGCGAAUUUUCUACAGCUAAACCCGACAAAAGCCUUAGGUCCUCGUGUUGUACGAGGAUUCACGAGUUAUCCGAGCGGCCAUGGAUUUCCACCAGAGUUUUCAAGAAUCAAGAUUGGCAACAUCGUAUGCGGAAGAAUUCCCGUUACUGACAAGCUGGUCGUUUGGCUGACCAGUCUUCAUCAUAACUCUCAAGAUUCCAAGAUCUCCAAGGACAAAGAAGCGAUAGCGAGAUUCGCUCUGGAAUCUAUCGACGAGUUCCCGGAGGAUUGGAAAGAGAUGGUGAAGAACUGUGACUUGAGCUUCAUAUACAUGAGCAAUUUGAGAUACAGACCGCCAUGGGAGAUACUGUUCGGGAAGUUCAGGAGAAACACAGUGACAGUGACAGGAGAUGCAAUGCAUUUGAUGGGUCCGUACAUAGGGCAAGGAGCUUGCUCGGCGCUGGAGGAUGCGGUCGUGUUGGGGAGAUGCCUGGGGAAGAAGUUAGGGCAAGACAGAGGGUUAGACGAGGUUUGUCGGAUAAGAGAUAUCGAGGAGUCGAUAGAUGAAUAUGUGAGAGAGAGGAGGAAGAGACUUGUUGCCCUUUCCACUCAGACAUAUCUCACAGGUUUGUUUGUAGAAUCUUCGUCUGGAUUCAUGAAGAUGAUGCUUCUCCUUUUGUUAACGAUAUUGUUUUACGAUCAAAUCCGUCACACGAGCUUCGACUGCGGACUUCUCUAGAUUUUAUGGUCUUUGCAAUCCAAAUAUAACAUAUGUGUGUGUGUGUCUGGAGAUGAUGUAUGUGACACUAGUGGUAAAGAUGUUGUCAUGAUUUGUAUAUCAUGCAUUUGUAUACAUACAUACAUACAUGGUUAUGGUGAUUUUUAGUUGAACUUGUA